AUGCAUAUAAGCAAUACCGAGCCGAAUAUCAUCAUGAAGAGCGUCGUUCUGAGUCUCAGCAGAGUCAGCCGCAGCGCCGGGACGAACAGCAAUUUACCAGCAGCGCUCCAGUGCAGAGCUACACCAGCUCUCAGCACUCGGAGAACCUACGUCAGCUCAAAUACUGCCGAUGGGAGCAAUGCUGAUCUGCUAUUGAACUCAGGUUAUAAUGCUAAUCAAAUUGACUAUGUGCGUGAUCAUUUCGACAAAUAUCGAGCAGGUCCUAAAUAUCCAGGAUCACACUACGAACAGUCGAGUCAGUACAGUAAGAGCUACUCGUCUUCAACCCAGCAACAGAAUGUAACCCAGCAGGAGCCAAUUCCACUGUCUGGUCCUGGACAGACCUAUAGCUAUAGUACGGAGACUAGGGUAAGUGGACAGUACCCAGCACCUGCUGCUCCACCAGAUACUACAACGAAAGCGCCAAAAAGUUAUAUUGUACCAUCCCAAAAACCAAAGACCACUACCCAGGGUCCACUUAGUAGCAGCUAUCAACAAAGCAGUUACAAUCAAUCAUCCUAUUCUACGGAACAGUCGAAGCCUAUACCUAUUGAAAGAAGAAAUGAGGUAAUCUCUUCUUUCUUCACAAAAACCUAGGG